AUGUGUAAAAUUGCUCAGGAGUUUAAGCCAGUAUCACCCUCGCCAAUGAUCCACAAUAAGCCAUUUAGUGUGAUUUGGAACACUCCUACUAUGCGCUGCAAAUCAAAAUUUAAUGUUGAUUUGAAGCUGAAUGCUUUUGAUAUUGUUGCAAAUGAAAAUGAGAUCUUUAUGGGGAAGAAGAUGACCAUAUUUUACAAAAUCAAACUGGGGCUUUAUCCAUUCUAUACUGAUGAGGGCACUCCAGUGAAUGGUGGCCUUGUCCAGAAUGCCAGUUUAUGCAGCCACCUCCAAGUAGUAGGUGACAACAUAACCAACAUGAUGGAUCCUAACUUCCAUGGUCUUGCAGUAAUAGAUUGGGAAGAGUGGCGACCACUUUGGGUCCGUAACUGGGGCAAAAUGAAUAUCUACAGGAAAAAUUCCAAAGAAUUAGCAAGAAGUAAAUACCCUCAUUUAACUGAAAGUGAGAUUCUCCAGAUUGCCAAAAAGGAAUAUGAAGAUGCUGCAAAGAAGUUUAUGAGGAAAACGCUAAAACUAGGACAGAUUCUGAGACCAGAGGCUUGCUGGGGCUUUUAUAAAUUUCCAGACUGCUAUAAUUAUGUUAAGAAGAAGAUACAGACCAAUUACUCAGGUCAUUGCAAUAAGGAAGAUAUCCCUAGAAAUAACCAGCUAGCAUGGCUCUGGAAAACAUCACGAUGUCUAUAUCCUAGUAUUUACAUUCCUAAGCCAUUAAAAUCCUCAAGUUAUGUUCAAAGGUUUGUUCACUACAGGAUUAAGGAGGCUCUCCGCGUUGCUGCCCUUGAUCCAGUCAGAGAUGCUUUGCCUGUUUUGGCUUACUCCAAGUAUGCAUAUGUAAAAUCACUUGACUUCUUGAGUGAGAUUGAUUUGGUACACACCAUUGGAGAGAGUGCAGCUAUGGGAGCCUCUGGAGUGGUUCUGUGGGGGGAUAAUGACCUUUCACGUAGCAAAAGGCGAUGUGAGGCGUUGAAGAAUUACAUUGACAAGGAACUUGGAAUAUACAUCCUGAACACAACUACAGCUGCCAUAUUGUGCAGCAGGAUUCUGUGCAAUAACAAUGGACGAUGUGUGCGGAAAAACCCUGAGGCCAAAGUUUUCCUACUUCUUGAUCCCAAAAGCUUUGACAUUAUUCCCUCUGUUACUUCCAGUGACUUUUCAUUAAAAGCCCAAGGAGAAUUCCAUUCUGAAGCAGUGAAAAGCAUGAAAAAGCAAUUCAAAUGCCAAUGCUACAAGGGAGGGACGGCACCUGACUGUGAGAAUAAAUCAAACUUUUAG